AAUUAUUUAAUUUUGAUGACAGAUAAAAGAAUAGACAAAUAUAUUUUUAAUGUGAAAGAUAGAAUUGGUUAAGGAUCCUAUGCUGAAGUUUUUAAAGGAACAAACGAAAAAACUGGAGAAAAAGUAGCCAUUAAAAUGUUAAGCAAAUCUGUAAUCAAUGCGUAAUUUUACCUAUUUAAUAAUAUAGGGAUGAUUAUCUUAGGGAGGGACUGAUUUAGGAAAUUAAAAUUAUGCAGAAAUUAAAAAGUCCCAAUAUCGUCUAAUUGCUAGAUGUCAUGGAAACAAACAAUAAUUAUUAUAUUGUUUAAGAAUACUGUGAUGGAGGGGAUUUUGACGAGUAAAUUAUUAUAUUUUACUUUAAGACUUUUAAAAAAAAGAAAGUUACUCCCAGAAAAGGAAGCAAUCAAAUUCUUGGUGGAUGUACUUAAUGGAUUUACACACCUCAUAAAAAAUGGUAUAAUUCAUAGAGAUCUCAAACCAGCAAAUAUUUUAAUUGACAAAUAAGUAAGUUUAAAAAUUUAUAAAAGACUUAUAAACUAGCAGAUUUCGGAUUUGCAAAAUGUGUGGAUAAUUUUAAAAAAACAAUGAUGGCUUCAAUGGUUGGUACUCCAUUAUACAUGAGUCCUCAAAUCUUGGAUCACAAGAGAUACAAUUCAAAAACAGAUGUAUGGAGCAUUGGCUUUAUCUUCUAUGAAGCAUUAUUUGGCAAAAGUAAAUUCCAUUUUUAGACUUGUCUAGCUCCCUGGACAGCCAGAUCUCCAGCAGAAUUACUUAAAAAUAUCAGAACCUAACCUCUGAAAUUUCCUACUGACAAAAAUUAAGUCUCAUAAGAAACCUAAGACUUGAUUAUUGGAUGUCUCUAAGCAGAUGAGAAUAAACGAAUGUCCUGGGAAGAGAUCUAUAAACACCCAGCUAUUAGUCAAUAUUUUUCGGUAUUUAAUUGUCCUUCAACUUUAUUAAGGAUUUUAUAAAAGGAAAUAACAAAUUGGAAGAUAAGGCUCAAUAUUUAAUUAAUGAUAUAAGAUAGAUGAUUUGUAAAGAGAAAAUUGAUAUUCAUAAAUUGUUUGCAGAUUUAGACAUGUCAAAGGAUAAGGCUUUAGAUGUAAAUGAAUUGGGGAAAUUUCUAUAAAAAGUAGAUAAAGACAUCACAAGAGAGGAAAUUGAAUAUAUAUUUAAUAAAUUUGAUGAUGAUGGGAAUAAUUAGAUAGAGUUUGAAGAGUUUAAAAAGUGGCUAGAGGAUAACUAGGUAAUUAAGUCUAAUAUACUUCUUAAAAGAUUGUUACAAAUGCCAAUCCAUAAUAAUAGUAAAGAGGAGGGGGGUCUCAUAAGAAAUUGUCUAUUCUACCUCAUUAAUUAAAGUCUCAGAGUUCUAUUGAGGAGAGAGCUAAUUAUGUUAUAGAGAAAUUAAAAUUAUCAAUCUAAAAAUAUAAAAUCAAUUUGCUCGAUUUAUUUAAAAAAGUGAUAAAUUUGUUUUGAUUAAUUUAGUUUGAUAAAUCGGCAGAUCAAAGAUUAGAUAAAAAUGAAAUGGGGUUACUCUUAAAGAGAAUUGAGGCAAACAUUUCUUAAGAAGAAAUAAUUGCAUGUUUUGAAUUUUUUGAUGCUAAUGGGGAUGGGGAAAUCACAUUCCAAGAAUUCUAAACAAGUUUAAGUGAAGAAGUUGGGAAGAAGCGAUAAAGUAUAGAUCAUCAUGAAUGAAAUAUUUGCAUUAUAAUAU